AUGCCCGAGCACACAGAGCACGAGCACGAGCCAGAGCACGAGCCAGAGCACGAUUAUCACUCUACAACCUCGACGGACGACAUCGAGUCGCGCGAUAUGCACCAUCAUCAUGCUGACGAGGAAAUCGGUCAGGCCUCUACACAGCUAGAGAAACAAAGUACCGCGGCAUCAGGUCUUUCGGUAUUCGAGCAGCGCGCACAAUCGGUUGUAUCGCGCAUUCGCAGUCGAGAUCCAGGGCAGACGGCCAAGUUUACGCAUCCGUUGACGCAUACGAAGACGAGUCCAGAUGUGAUUGUUGAUUUUGAGGGUCCUGAUGAUCCCUAUAGACCGUUGAAUUGGAGUUUUGGGAAGAAGGCUGUGACCACGGUGUUGUAUGGGUUGACGACGAUGGGUGCGACGUGGGCUAGUUCUGUAUACUCCACGGGCCAACAACAAAUUUCCAAUGACUUCGGCGUUUCCCUGGAGGUUUCGACUCUAGGAACUUCACUGCUACUUUUCGGUCUGGGCUUGGGUCCCCUAGUAUGGGCACCUCUGUCGGAGGUAUAUGGUCGCAAGCCGGCUGUGCUUGCUCCUUAUUUCAUUGCCGCGAUCAUGUCGUUCGGUACUGCAACUGCAAAGGAUCUGCAGACGAUCAUGUUGACUCGAUUCUUCACGGGCUUCUUCGGUUCAGCACCUGUGACGAAUACUGGUGGUGUUUUGAGCGAUAUUUGGACAGCCGAGCAACGGGGCGCUGCGAUUGUUGGAUAUGCUAUGGCUGUUGUUGGUGGACCAGUCCUAGGUCCCAUUGUCGGCGGUGCAAUUGUUCAGAGCUACCUCCACUGGCGAUGGACUGAAUAUAUUACCGGCAUCAUGAUGAUGUUCUUCCUUCUACUCGACCUCAUCUUCAUCGACGAGAGCUACCCACCCGUCCUCCUCGUCUACAAGGCGCGAAGACUUCGUUUCGAAAGCGGCAACUGGGCUCUCCACGCCCGGCACGAGGAGUGGGACGUAACCCUGAAAGAACUGGGAAACAAAUAUCUCAUUCGACCCUUCCAGCUCCUCGCCACUCCAAUCUGCUUCCUCGUGGCCUUAUAUGCCUCCUUCGUCUACGGUAUCCUCUACCUAAGUCUAGCAGCAUUCCCCAUCGUCUUCCAAGAAAUCCGCGGAUGGAACCAGGUUGUCGGCGCACUACCUUUCCUCGCCUACCUCGUCGGCAUCCUGAUCGGCGCUGUGAUCAACUUAUCCAACCAGCGUUUCUACCUCAAGCGCUUCAAGGCAAACAACAACCGCCCAGUCCCCGAGGCAAGACUGCCACCUAUGAUGCUCGGUUCCGUUCUCUUUGCCGCGGGCAUGUUUGUCUUUGGUUGGACAAGCCCAAAGCAUAUACACUGGAUAGGCCCUAUCAUCGGCGCCGUCAUGAUGGGCUUCGGCUUCUUCACUAUCUUCCAGGCUGCACUAAACUACCUGAUUGACACCUUCCAGAAAGCUUCUGCCAGUGCGAUCGCUGCAAACACCUUUCUACGCUCUGUCUUCGCAGGUUGUUUCCCGCUGUUCACUAGCGCCAUGUUCCAUAAUCUUGGUGUACCCUGGGCAGCUAGUAUUCUGGGCUUUAUCUCCGUUGCUCUGAUUCCUAUUCCAUAUCUGUUCUAUACAUAUGGAAGGCGGAUUCGAGCACGGGGAAAGUGGUCACGAGACUCUCUAUAG